AUGGCCGGAUCAGGGGCUCCUUUUAGGCGCCUGGGCGCCUUAUCUGGAGCCGGGGCCUUAGCCUUGGCCUCCUACGGGGCUCAUGGCGCCCAGUUCCCGGAUGCUUACGGAAAGGAGCUUUUUGACAAGACCAACAAACACCACUUCUUACACAGCCUGGCUCUGUUAGCGGUACCCCAUUGCAGAAAACCCCUCUGGGCUGGAUUACUGCUCACCUCGGGGACCACCUUAUUCUGCACCAGCUUUUACUACCAAGCUUUGAGUGGAGACCCCAGCAUCCAGCGUUUGGCCCCUGUGGGAGGGAGCUUGCUCCUUUUGGGCUGGCUUGCCUUGGCUCUUUGA